ACUAUAGAUUUAAACUUUUUAAGUUUAAUUUCAUCAAUAAAUUGUAUUUGAUUUUUAUCAGGUCAAUUAUAGACAUCUUUUAAAUCUUUGUUACUAGUUGUUUGAUACAGCUACACAUAUUGUCGGUUUAAAAUUUAUAUACUGUUUUGACGUUAAACUACAUUUUUAAAAUAAAAUUUUAUAGUUGUUUUUGUUUUAUAUAAUUGUACUCGCAGGUUUAUAUUUGGUAAUCAUUUUCCUCUGUAAAAUAUUUGUAAUAUGUCAAUCAAAGAUGUACGCUUUGGAUUUGAUUUCCUUACUGAUACCAAUAUUAAGUGUUGCAUGGAUUGCCUUGAUGAUUGGGAGCUUACAUUUGCUUGUUUGCCAAUUUCAAGUCUUAGUUUGAAAACGGGUGAUUACAAACCAUCAGAUACUAUUCUAAAUUCGGAGUUUUCCCAAAAAUGGUGUCAUUGUGUGGUUGCAAAAGUUUCACAGCCAGUAGAUAUAAGUAAUGAAAACAAGCUAACAUCUGAAAUUAAAAAAGCUUUUGUUCAAGAUAUAUCGUGGGCAGCAUUUCUUAAUGUUUUUAGUAUCAUGUUUGAAUUACCACUAGAUAUUGACUUGGUACAUGUUGUUAGAUUACUAGAUAAUCAAAUAGAUGCAUAUUUAGAUUCAGCUAUGUCUUUACAGUUUUGGAUAAAAGUUCCUGUAGUUAGCCCUCUUAUACAGGAUACAUGGCAUAAAUGGACAAAAUUUAUGAGUCUUACUAGGAACACUGACCGUAUAAAAUUAGCAUUAGAAAUUGGACUAGAACUACCAGACUCAAAUACCCUUUUUCGUUGGUUAGGAGAACCUGUAACUGCCCUUAUUGUUAAUGCCCAAUCAUUUCUGACUAAUAAAAAAGGAUUUCCUGUAUUAUCUAGACAACAUCAAGAUUUUGUUAAAAAAAUGUUCAAUAUUGGUACUCAGAUAGUUGUUUCUGGACCUUCGAGUGUUAGACAACACUUUAACUACUUAGCUCAUCUUUAUGAAAACACUGCUCCAAUUACACCCUAUGGAUCAUUAGAUUACAUAAGUGGUUAUGAAGAUUUCCUCCAGACUCCAUUACAACCUCUGGAAAACAACUUGCAGUCUACAGUAUACGAAACUUUUGAACAGGAUCCUGUUAAAUACCGUGAAUACAGCCGUGCUAUUGGUAUGGCCUUAGCAGAUAAGGUCACUAAUCAGGUGAUAGGAAAAGAAAGUAACUCUAUAAGAAAAGUGGUAGUGUAUGUGUUAGGAGCUGGUCGUGGUCCACUAGUAGAUGCCACAUUAGAAGCCUCUGAUAACAAAGGUAUUAGUGUACGGGUUAUUGCAUUAGAGAAAAAUGAAAAUGCUUUGCCCACAUUGUAUACAAAACUAACUACAGAUAGGUGGCGAGACCGCGUGACGGUAGAAUGUGCUGACAUGAGAUAUUGGGAUCCACCAGAAAAAUGUGAUAUAAUGGUGUCAGAGCUUUUGGGCUCAUUUGGUGAUAAUGAAUUAUCACCUGAAUGCUUAGAUGGUGCACAAAGAUACCUAAAAGAUGAUGGUAUAAGUAUACCUUGUAGCUACACGUCAUAUAUUAGUCCAGUACAGUCACGUAAAUUACAUACUGAAAUUAUGUCAAUCAAACAUAAGGAAUCUGGUUGCAACUUUCAAAGACCAUAUGUGGUACAACUCAACAAUGUAUACCCAAUAGCUACAGCUAAACCAUUAUUUACAUUUAAUCACCCUAGAAAGUCUAAAAAUGGUAACAACAAUCGAGAUGGAUCUGUUAUGUUCGAUGUACAUCAAGAUUGUAUAUUACAUGGACUCGCCGGAUACUUUGAAACAGUACUAUACAAAGAAGUACGGCUGAGUAUUGUACCAGAGACAUUCAGUAAUGGUAUGUUCAGCUGGUUUCCUGCAUAUUUCCCUCUAGUCAAUCCUGUAAUCCUAAGCAAAGACGAACAACUGCAAGUAAACUUUUGGAGGUUUAGUGACAAACACAAAGUGUGGUAUGAAUGGUGCAUUUCUAAACCUUGUCAAACAGUCAUACACAAUGUAAACGGAACAACUUAUUCUAUGAUAUUGUAAUAUUUUAGCAUAAAUAACAAAAUAAUAAAAAAAUAAAAGAAUUGUUAUUAAAUUA